AUGUCCUCGACAAACGACCAGCCACAGUCACCGCCCUCGCCGUCGCAACUCGAAGCCCCCGCAUCCCCGACUGCAGCUCAACAGGCUCAAGCCCAGGCUCAGGCCACGGCUCAUGCCUACGCCAGCAAUGGCCUUCAGGUCCUCCAAGCAGCUUCCGACGCUGCUGCUGCCGCUGCUCUUCAAAAUGUCCAGCAACACCUGAGUUCUGCUGUCGCUGUUGCCGACGGCGAGCAGCAGGACCAGCAAGCCGUCGACCAGCAGCUGUCCAUGACCUCGGGUUCAGAUCACCAUCAACAGGUGCAGCAGCAACAGCAACAGCAGCAACCUCAGACGCCGUCUCAGACACACCCUCCCCAGCUUCAACAGACACCCCAGACCGUCACGACCACCGCUCCGGGGCCCUCUCCCUCCCCCAUCGCAGCCGAUGCCUCCCUCGGUACCGUCCCCCAAGGCGCUGUUCCGGGCUUCCCUGGUUUCGCCCCGAUGCCACCCUUGCCCGGCUCGAUGCCUGCCCUACCCCGCGAUCCCACGGUCAACCCGAAGUUGACGCGCCUACGACGAGCAUGUGACAUGUGCUCCCAGCGCAAGGUCAAGUGCGACGAGGCGGGCCCACCGUGUAGGCCAUGCCGGGAGUUGAACGUCGACUGCACUUUCAAUCGCGAGCUGAAGAGACGUGGGCCCCCAAACAAGCACGCCGAAGCCGCUCGAGCUGCUCGAAGGCAGCGUCUCGAGCCCGGCAACACCAUUCCUGCAUACGGCCCCGCGAACCCGACACCGUCUCCGCAUAAUGCUGCGCAAGCUCUGGUCUCGAUAGCAGAGGGACCCGCUCGUCUCGACGCCGAAGCCAUCGCCCCGAUGCCUAUACUCGAGCUGUUGGUCGACGACUUCUUCACCUACAUCCACCCCCUCGCGCCGUUUCCGCACGAACCGACAUUCCGGCACUCCUUUGCGAAUCGAGAAGACCGGACAAACCCAGAGUUCCUUGGCCUGCUGGCUUCCAUGAUUGGAGCUCUCGUGGCCUCAUUCCCUCGAAGCGCUAGACAGCACCUCAAGACCCAACACAGCACGCACCUGUUCCCUCGAGCAAUUGUCAUGAUUGAAAAGUGUCGCGACAUUGCGCUAGAUACCAGAGGCGCACGGUGGGCCGUGAAGCAGCCAAAGACGUUGGAUGAUGCGGCCACCAGCUACUUCCUGGGCUUGGCUGCGGGGUACACCUUCGAGGUCAACCGCUUCCGCUACUUCACUUCGGAGUGCCUGGCCCUGAUUCGAGAGCUGGGCUUCCACCGCCCAAAGCACCCCGGCGAGCUUCCUACGUUUGGCAACGACAAUUGCUCUCCCGACCCGCUGCCAUUUCACCACAUCAAGGAUCAAAUUGGAAAGCGCAUCUUCUGGUGUCUUUUGUUGGGUGUGAGGUCCUUCUCGCAGCUUGGAGCAUCUCAUGCCGACCUCGUCAUAGCUCCAUCAACGCCUGGCUUGCCGUACCCAGCUCUGCCCGAGAAUGUUGACGACCUGUACAUCAUGGCGAAUGAGAUUGUUUUCCCCUCAGAAGACACUGUCACCCUGCUCACGGGUUAUCGCUUCGCCAUUGAGAUCUACACGACCAUGAACGCCAUCGUGAGCGUGGAGCUUGUUUACGGAAUGAAUACGCUUCCAUGGUCUGAUCAGAGGCCGAUCCUGCGAGAUGCUCUGGUGGCUGCCAAGGAAAUCAUCGAUCGGCUGCCCACGGAGCUCCAGCUCAGCGCAUCGCACGACCAAUCUAGUGGCUUUGGUGCUCUCGAUGAUGCCGACCUUCAAUACGUGCCUCCCGCAUAUCCAAACAACCAGCCUCCAAAUGACGUCCGGAAUGUGAUUAAGAACCAGCCGCAGCGUCGUCGUCAGCUCCAGUAUGAGAUUCAGAAGGCUAACAUCUACAUUUCUCAACUGGCAACACGGUCAUUCUAUGUGGAGCUGUACUUCAACCUACGCGACGUACAUCUAGCUGAUCCAAACAAAGAGACGCAAAAUGGUGAAUCUGCUGAAGAGAAGGCUGCAAAAGAAGCAGAGGACUCCGCAGUCUUUGAGCUCAUGACAGCUGAGCGUGAGCUGAUUGUGCAGAACCUCCUUCACGUCCUUGGUUCAAUUUCACAGCGCAACCUCGAGCCCAAUGGCGGCUCUCUCAUCAACAAAAUCCGGCAGGUCGCCUCGACACUGCUGAACGAUGCACCCGAGAGGAAGGGGCCAGUUGCUAUGAAUUCUGAGGAGGCGCUUAUGCGAUUGAUCGAUGUCCUUCUAAAGCUGGAAGGGACAGGCCCCAGUGGCAGUAAUAUGGCUGGGGAGAACAUGACGCCGCAGGAUGAGGAAGAGGAAAUGCGGAAUUGGGCCCACCUCCGCGAUUACCAGCAGCGAUUUGCUGCUCACGGAGGGUUUGCCGGAAACCUUUGA